AUGAUCUUUUUCAGUGUCUCUCUGUGCUGGGCGAGCUGCAUUUAAGAUCGUUGUAUGCAUGAAGGAUUUAUUUCUCCUGUCUCUCUGAUCUUCACGUCAUUUGCUUCUAAAAGACCGUUGAUUCUUCUGUCUGGAGCAAACAAUAACAAAAACAACCUUAACCUUUGAAAGUGUUAACGUUUUUGAAGGACAUAUUUAAAAAGCGCUCUUAGCAAGAACAGAAUGUGAAUGGUCUACCUAGAACCACGAAGUAACACUCCUACUUACAACAGAAGGAGAUGAUUUUUACCCUCUGGUCCUUCAUACUCCAGCGGUGAGCUUCGUAUUGCGCGGAGAGUUUUUGAUUCCUCUGCUGAACGGACCAAGCUGGGGUUUUUAUCAAAGCGUGCAAAGUCUCUGCGAAGAUCACUACGACCACGAGAAGUACGCCCUCUAUCAAGCAAGCUAUGUAGCGUUUCUUACUGGAAAACAACACUUUCAGAACGUGAAGAUAGAAGAAGGACUGAGCAGCAAGAAUAUGAUACUUGCUGACCAUACGCCGGAGCUCGAGCCAGGAGCAUCAGAUCGAAAUCGUCCGGAACCUCCGUCUCAUGGACCGUUGAAGAUAUCCGAUAUUAUCAAUAGCGUGGAGGUGACAUCUAUACUAGAGCUGGAAAAUAGACGCAACAGAGAUAAACCCGUACAUUACCACAAGCGUUUUGGUAUUGCUUCUUCCUGUGUUUCUGGUACUUUGGGCUACUGCAGUCUGACAAUGUCGAUGUGGCAGUGCUAUGUCAUGUUGCAUAGUAAGAAUACUUAAGGCGGUCUGUUCUAAAAAUGGUCAAAGUCGAUCACUAGUGAUCGACUUUGGGGGGUGGCUUAUUCCGAGGAAGUUCCCCUGUGGAGUAAACGUAAAGAGGAAACCCCCUGACACGUCAAGGGGAUUUUAUGGGAAGGAAAAAGACUCCACUUGAAGAACGCCACCGGGGAUAGUGAUUGACUAUCUUCUAAGAUAUAGAUCUCUUCUACGAAGCCGCUUACGACUAUGAUACGCAUCUGCGAGAAGGCAUAUGUCCAAGAGGCGUGCUCGCUUUAGAAAGACGGGAAGAAGCGGAGCUGGCUCGGAAAAGUAGACAGGAUGAAAAGAAGAAUCAGAACUAUGGUGAAGAAGUAGGUGGAGUUGUACAAUCUCACAACUAUGGUGAAGAAGUAGCAGGAGUUGUACAAUCUUCAGCGGAUAAGUCAUACGUCAGAGCAGACGAAUUUGAAGCAUCGAUUAGAGGUGAGCCACGUCAGUUAGAGCAAGUCUUAGCUGAAGCCGAUGUUGAGGCUGAGGAACGUAGCAGAAGUGAACGAAACUCCAACCAAGAAAUAACUACAGUAGAAACCAACGACCACAGGCUAGUGCUCAAAGACGAUCGCACAUCGCCACAGAUCCCGGUUGAUGGUGGAUUAGCACUUCAAAGCGCUCCUUUGUGCAGGUUGACCUUCGAUGCGUUGGUGACUCGGUGGCGUGCUAUUGAGGCUCGAGGCUACUCUUUUUUCCUCCAUAAAUCUGUGUGAAUUUGCUACUACAAUCUCAAAGAACUCCAAAUAAGUAAGAAAUAUAACAGUAUGAUCCUCCCUUUUCCACGUGAACGUAAGUAUGUAGAUACUUACUCUACCUGGGAGUAGAGAUGAGUGGUGACUCUACCUGGGAGUAGAGAUGAGUGGUGCUCCCUACGAAAAGUUGACAGUCGUGGCUAGCGCUAAUGCAGAACCAAGAGCAGUAAUGCAUGCAUUUGGGAAAUAUGAAUGGAUCUUGGCAGUGGAUGCGGCUGACACCAGUAUCGGACCAGGUUGUUUUCUCUCCAAUCUAGAAGAACUGUUCGAGAAGCAGGAGGAUGUUGGUGAAAAGGGAGCAGCCGAUGGAGAGGACGAGGAGCAUGACCAUCUUCGCACUAGACAAACACGGACAUCAACAAGUAGUGCUAGCGGUAGCAAUAAUGAUGAUGCGAAAAAUACUAGUGUCGAUACAACGAGUACUACUUCUACUACAAAAAAGAAAAACCUCCAUGAAGAAAACCUCCUUCACGACCAGCAUGAUGCUUCGCGACCCCAGAAGAUCCCACCAACUGCUGAAAUUGUAGUCAAAGAUCCUUCACCUGAGGAGGACUCGAAUGGAGGGGUAUUCAUGAUUAGGCAUAGUAUGUUGGGAAAGCUGUUCGUCGACCUGCUCAACGAUAAAGACAAUUAAGGGUCGUAAUGUGCUCGUUUAGCUGAAUGAUAUUUACUUUUUUGUUUUAAAAGAUGUAAUGGCUUGGUCUUGUUCUUCGGUUCAAACAUCUUGUGACUGAAUCUUCUUUCACUUGCGCAACGACUAUGGUUGUUCUCACUUCUUUUUAUUUGUACUACGAAUGGAUGCAAAAACUACAGAGGAUAUUUGUUUAGGAGGCUGUGCUUUGUAUGUUUUGAAGCAAUUAUGCACUAAUACUUACUACCUCAUGGAAGAACAGUAAGUCUAAGUAACCUCUAAGUCUGUUGGCCAAGUGAAUUGAUCGGCGGUGGCUGUUAUCCAGAACAACUCUCGAUGAACGAGGCACUUCUAGAACUGGUUGCCUUAGAAUUAGGCAAGGAAUACCGCAGUGAUUGUUUGCGAUACGUUUUCGGGAUGCCUGGCGACAACGCAGUUUUCGGAUGUCAAUGUUAAGCAUGGUUGUAGUUUUUCUGUUCCGCAACACGAUAUUUUCACAUUUGCGUUAAUCUGCUUGAGAAUGCAGCUAAACACUGCGGAUGGCGAACCACCUCCUAAUCCUAAUCCUAAUCCUAUUAUGAAUGUAUUGACUGCAUGGAGGUCAACAUUGUUUUAGAGGUCGCAGUGUCGUCACAGUGGGACGAAACGCGUUGAAUAAUGAAUUUUGAGAAAGACCACGAAACGUAGCAUUAUAUCGAAGACCUUUCUGGAUAAUUGUCUUUAUCUAGAAGGACCUUACUUGUCUUUACUCUAGGUUAUCUAGAAAGACCUUGCUUGGCAAUUGUACUCUUACUAGCUGGCAUUAUCUAAGACCCCAAGUCUAUCUUCCUAGAAAGAACAUUAUCCAAGGCCUUAUCUGAGACCGCGUACCAGGUUCUGAGAAAGACCACGUACGAAGUCACUUGCUUGAGAAAGACUUUGACUAGCAUCUUCUAAAAAACGACCACGUACAUGCUUUGUUUCCGACACCAUUUGGAUCGUAUGGCCGGUCCUUUUGGGGAGAGAAGAACAAGACGAGUCUUUUUUCUGAAUCCACGGGUUAUAGACAUCAACUAUCGGCCAUACGGGAACGUGGCUGCAGACAAUUCGAACCUGGAGGAGGUCGGGAGUCCGUUUUUUUAUGGCUUGAGAACGAAGUGGCCAAGAUGAAUAGGUUUUGUGUUUGAGUAGGUGAGAAGGUGAAGAUUGUUUGUGUUUGAGUAAUCGUCUUCGUCCCCGUUCGACCUGAAUUACGUCUUCCUAUCUCCGCAUAUUCAUUGUGUGAGCAGCCAUAGCGUCCCCCAACCUUCUAAUCCACGUGGCAUUGGGUCAACUACGUAGAUAAACGACCUGUGAUCAUGCAGCACAUGCUGGGAGUCAAUAGCACGAUGAAUCUAGAGCAAGAAUUUCGAAUUGAAAACGAGGUGAGAGUGGUCGACGGGCAGGUCCAGAAGGGCGCAAAGAAUAGUAGCGAAGGAAAGAAUGCAGAAGGAGGUGAAAGUUAUGAUUGUAACUACUUACCUGAUGAUGUUCAUGUUGUAGAGCCUUCUUAUCAUAUUUACAUAAUGAUAGUUGGACGACAUCCUCCAGGGCAGUUGGACGACAGACGGCGCCUAGAUUAAACGGGUCCUAUACUAGAUGGCCACUUUUGCUAGUCCUAUAAUAUAUAUGCGUCUUCCUUUUUUCUAACUUUCCUAGGUAGGUUGGCUCCACCACAAAUAUUUAUAAUGAUACUGGUAACAAGCAAGGACAAACUCCAUUUUGUAAGAGACACCUCUUCCACCCUUUCUUACCUUUUCGGUUUCUAGGACAGCGCUAACAAGACCACCCCGACAGUUUCGCCCAAGAAGGUGGCAUGUUUAUCCCCACGGAAGGUUGGUGCAAUCGGGUAGUGGAUCCUUCACGAAGGUGCGACUUUGGGAGCAAAGCGCCAGUCUGCCAGUAUCUACCGCAUCGAUACAUCGCUUCUUGCUGAGGAUCAGCUCCCACGCUUCAGGGUUGGGUUUAGGGUUUAGGGUCGCAAUUCCUUUUUCAAAACGUUCGAUCUAAGAAUAUUCCCUCAGCGUUCAUUUUCACUUUCUUCACCUGGUUCAAAUAUCUUGAUCUUCGCUCAACUCUUUCACAUAAUUUUGCAAUAUUCCUAGCUCCAUGAGUUACGACACUCUUUCAACGCGCGCAAUACUCGGAAACAGAAAAAACAACGCGUUCCCCUGUAGCACAC